AUGGCUUUUCAGCGCAGUGCUGACCGGGACAUGAGGGACAGAUUGAACGAAUUCCAGGUGAGAACUUUUUUGAAUUUUAGUGGGGUUUCCUUAAAAAAUGAGUGACAUUUCAUUUUCUCGUUCGAAUAGCUCUGACCAACGAUACUCACAAAUGUGAUUCAUUUCGGCUUAGGAUUAGCAUAGUGACACACUAACCCAAAUCCUUUGCAUAUUGACAUUGACAAUGCCUCAUUUCAAUAAUCAUACAAUAUUGCCUCCUCGCAAUUUUACAUGGGACCAGUUCAGAGCCACGUCACGGACCGCUUCGACGAAGUUGAACUCUCGCCGGCGCGUCCACCGUCGGCUGCCGAGUAUGUUGACCGACGAUUGGAGGUAAUCCCGCCAUUUACCUGGGUACACAAUUGUAAUUGUACAAACGCGUUUCUUUAAGGAAGUUCGCAACGCAAUUGACAGUGUUCGAGGCGAAAUUGAGAAACUGCGCAGAGAUCAGCAGCACAUUCUCGCAUUGACUGUUGCUGAUCCGAGGGAUAAGGUUGGUGUUUGGACAUGGCCGAAUUGAGAGUUGAACACGGUGAACUUUCAGAACAUUCUCGAGAAUCAAAUCGGAACGAUCCGACGUCGGACGGGCGAUUUACGCAAAUUGGUGCGUCAAGCUGAAGAUGACUUUCUCGAGUUUUCUAAACGUAUGUUCCAUGGAAAUUUGUUUAGAGUUGUACGAAAACAAGGUUCUCGGCCCAGGCUAGAACAAAAUUCACGGCCAUCACCUCAAAAUUUUAUAUAUUUUUAGAUAUCUCAAUCGAUAUCCACAACUGACUCAAUUUUGCUUUUUUUAGUACACCGAGCUAUGUUUGGCUCAUGUUCCGUGUAAGGUAAUUCGAUAUCUUUCACGCGUUGUGGUUUUCGAGUAUGUAGUUUAAUUUUCCCUUUCGACUUAUCUAUAGGCUGAGAAGAAUCAAACUAAACUUUCAGAAACACAUUCCACCACCGAGAAACGAAUCCGGCAGAAUCAGCUGGAACUGCUGAAAGACAAAAUGAACAAGCUGAUCAGUCUGUUCAACGACACACACCAAGACUACCGAUCGCGGGUUUCCGUUCGAGUCCGCCGACAACUGCAUACUGUCGGCCAGGACCUGACGGACGAGGACAUCAACCGAAUCAUGGAGAAUAGUGGAUCCGAGCAGGUACUGUAGUCAAAACAAUCACAUGAGAAUCCAACCGGUUCAGCUAUUCUUCCGAGAAGUGAAUCCACUGUCAGUAUCCGGUCAGGCGGCUUACGAGGACGUCAAAAAGCGUCAGGGCGAGAUUAAAGACAUUGAGAAUAGCAUUGCGUUGUUGGAGGAGAUAUUCGCCGAUAUGCAGCACUUGACUGAAUCGCAGGUAGGGACGGCGCAUUGUUAUAAGUGUCAUUGUUAACAUGUUCAUCGGAUUGGGCGCUCAUUCGGUCAGUUUUAGCGCGAAAUGGUGGACAACAUCGAGAACAACGUGGAAGAUGGACUGCAGCAUGUGAAACAAGGACAAGCCAACGUGAAAACAGCGGUGGAGUACAAGAAGAGUGCUAUGAGGAAGAAGGUGAGUAGAUUUUUGUCUUAUUUCAAAUGAGAACAACAGACUUGUCAAAUCCCGGGCUGGUCCUGGUGGCCUGGUUAAAUGUGUCCAUUGGCCCAAUCAGGACAAGUCCACAAAAAACAGUCCCCGACUUUCAGAUCUGCGUCGCCGCAAUCCUCAUCGUAAUCGUCUUAAUCCUCAUCGUCGUCGCCAUCAUUCUUGCUGUCGUUUUGUCGAGAAACAACAACAACAACAACAACUAA